GUCUCCAACGGUAACUAAAAUUAGCGUUACCCAAGAAGCGAAACAAAGAUGCUCUCGUUGAUCUCUCCAUCUCCGUGUAAAACCCCUACACAAAAUCAAGGGCGUCCACCGCCAAAUUCAUGGCCACCAUUAGAACCACCGCGCCUCCCAUACGUCAGAGAAGAGUCAUGUCCGCCUUUGAAGCUCGAGUCUCUCUCGUCUUCGCUCUAGCUUCCCAAGCUUUCUUCCUCUCUCAGAGAAGUAAUUGUUCAAAUAAUUCUACGUUUAACCACUUUUACUAACUUAUUCAUUCUCUUUCUCAGUCAAUUUAAGGCUUCGUUGAUUUUUUUUUCUUUCCGCGCUUUUUUCACUCUGUUUUGAAUUUUGAUGGAUGUGGUGAGUGAAACCGCUAAAUAUGUGUUUCCAAAGAGGUUUGAGAACCGGAAUUUGGAGGACGCUUUGAUGGCUGGUGUUAUUUUGUUGAGGUUUUGCAUCGUGUUCUGGUUUCUAUUGCAGUCCCUUGCCUUCCUUGUAAGUGGAGCUAGGGUUUUUAUUGGCUUUGUUCAUGUAUCUCUAUUUCAUGCAGUUCCGGAACUUGGGACAGUUGAGGAUAAAGUUGUAAGUAGGAAAGAUGAGUACGAGAUUAGAGCAAUCGAGCCUUGCUACAUAGUAGAAACGACCAUGCCUGGGACGACUGGUUUUAAUUUCAAUGGUGCAUCGGAAUCCUUCAAUGUCUUAGCUGAGUACCUGUUUGGUAAGAACAAAAGAGAGAAUGGAGAUGACUAUGGACUACCCCAAUUUUACUCGGAAGACUCAAUCUGAUGGACAGAAGAUAGCGAUGACUACCCCUGUGAUUACAAAGAAGCUGGCAGGCAGGAAAGUGGCAAAUGUCUUUUGUCAUGCCGUCAAAGUAUGGUGCAAAGUUGCCAUUUCUUAAAGAUCAAUCCGUGAGGAUCAAAGAGGUGCACAAAAAAACUGUAGCUGUCAUUGGCUCAUUGCCUUUUCAGGUUUGACCUACUGUCAUACUUUGUCCUCGUGGGCUUGGAUAGAUCCACUCACAUAACUCUCCACUUUUCCCUUCAUGAUCUGGUUUCAUUCUCAAGUCUUGAUAUGCUAAAGGCGAUAGUAAUUCUGAAGAUUAGUCGUUAAAAUAAUGAACAGAUGAUGAUUUAAUGGUCUGCUAUCAAAAUAAAAAGAUGGUUUUUUUUUAUGUGUGGAAUGCCUGGAGGAUGACACUAGUCAUUUCUGCACAAGUAUACCAUUUUUUAAAAAAAAAAAACACUACUAUCAAGCAAUCGUGCAAAAUGUUUGAAAUAUCACUCAUAAAGACGCAUUGAGCCAUUGACAUCAUGUGUUUCCGUAGUACUGACUAUAUUAUCAUAAGGAUAACACUGAUGUUGCAAUCCUACUGUUUAGCUGCAAUAUGUUGAUAAGGGUAGGCUUAGCACUUUUAAAUCAGAACACCAGGUUUUCUUGUGGGCUUGGGCUAACAUGGGCUUUGUUCAUGUUGUCCCUGCAAGGAAACUUGAUGGGCCUGGACUCUCCAGUGUCCAUGAGACACUGGCUUGGGAGAGGUAAA